AUGUCAGAAGUUUCCAACAUUGCGGUGGUCUUCUGGCGUGGUCAACGUGGUCAACAUGGUAAUGUCGAUACAAAGGCAAACGGCGUAAUGCGUAUGCGUGUUUUACUGCAGGGGUUCAAAAGCAUUGAACCGAGAAAAAGGUAUCGAGUAUCGAGGUGCAGAAAUGCUUUUGGCCACAGCUUGGAGUUUGAUGGUCUUGAGACUCAGCCUCCCAUAGAGAUCACAGAUGCAAGUUGCACAACACAAGUCUCGUUAGAUGCGGCAACACCGAGUUUGGUAGGCGAAGAAGCUGAGCACAACUAUUGGCACGCCACCAUUUCGAUGCCAGAAAUACAACCAAUGGUCGGACAAGGGGGCCGUGCAAAUGCAGUAGAUAGUCCGCGACAGCGUUUGUCGCACACCUGGAUCAAGUGCAGCAGGUGCAUUGAGGGUGGUACGGUUUGUGCAGCUUUGCUCACUGCAUUGGUGAAGCCAACACUCGUCAAGUCAUCGAGGCAUUCCGAUGUCUGCAUCGUAUCAGGCUCGCCGGGGAUUGUGAACUCGCUGGCAUCCGAGACCUUGAAUGCUGAAAUCAGAGAAGAUGAAACGACGAACGCUUGCCCACUAAUGAACAGCACAGGCUUUAUUAGCACAACGAACUCGAACAUGGGUCAAUGUCUUGCCAAGACGGGUUGGCUGUCUGAGAUGUUCUGGAGCGCAACACCACCAGCGGCUAAAUAA